CUUCCUAAAAUUCAACCCAACUAAAACAGAAGAAAAGCUGCUCGCUCCGGAACCAAGGCCAUGGCUUCUCUAGCAACCUUAGCUGCUGUGCAACCAGCCACCAUCAAGGGCCUUGGUGGAAGCUCCAUUACUGGAACAAAGCUCUCUGUCAAGCCCACUCGCCAGAACCUAAGGCCCAAAAGUUUCAGGACUGGUGCUGUGGUGGCAAAGUAUGGUGACAAGAGUGUCUAUUUUGAUUUGGAGGACUUGGGGAACACCACUGGACAGUGGGACUUGUAUGGCUCAGAUGCCCCUUCACCCUACAACUCUCUUCAGAGCAAGUUCUUUGAGACAUUUGCAGCUCCAUUCACCAAGAGGGGAUUAUUGCUCAAGUUCUUGAUAUUGGGAGGAGGUUCCACCCUUGCAUACCUCAGUUCCACUGCUUCAGGCGACAUCCUACCAAUUGUGAAGGGCCCUCAACUACCACCACAGCCUGGCCCACGUGGCAAGAUCUAAAUUGCUUUCAGAUCCUUUUCUUUCAAGCCUUUCAUUAUGUGCACAACUUAUUUUCAUUUUUAAUCUUGUAAGUAAGUCUAAAGCCUGCGUACCUAAGACCCUUGACCAACUAUGCAAAUGAUAUUUAUUUCUGGUACAA